CUUCAACAGUAAAUUCAUUAACACUUAAACACAAGAAUACACUCACUUAGUCACUAGUCACUAGUGACUACAACAAUUACUUCGACUCAAUAUAAAAAAAAAAUAAAAUAAAAAGACGGAAUUAGUUUUAUUAGUAAGAAUAUGGAACUCAAAAUGAAGGCAGCUCCAGCACCACAAAUUGAAGCAUCAAUUCCAUGUUUAUCCAGAUCCUCAGCAUCACCAAUUAAUUCUUGUAAUGUGAUGAACCGGCGUGAUGUGUUGGCCUCAGUUUCAGUUUCAGUUUCUGCGUGUAUCAAUGCAAUUGCAGGCUUCUCUGUCCUCAGUACCCAAUUAGUAGAAGCUGCAGAUGCCCGUGGACUCUUCCAAAUGCCCCCAUUUCGACUCAACAACAGGUAUUAUCUGGUAAGGUCAGGGGAGUCUGAGUAUGAAAGCUUAGGGAUAAUCAACACGAAUCCCGUAGCGAAAACGAGUGUGGAUAGCGGGUUGUCGGAAAAAGGAAAGAGACAAAGUGUAAAGGCAGGUUUCGAACUUAAAAAAAUGGGAGCUUGUGAAGGGAGUUGUUGGAUUUGGCCUUCUAUCACUCAAAGAGCUUACCAGGCUGCUGAGAUUAUUGGUGAGAUCAAUAAAAUUGAUCGUAGCCACAUAGUUCCUGAAUAUAGCUUUCUGGAUGCUCGUGGCCUAGGAGCUUAUGAAGGCAAGCCAUUAGAAUCUAUUUCCGAGGUUUAUGCAACAGAUGGUGUAUCUCCGAACCUAAAACCGCCUGCGAUUGAUGAUGGAACCCCAAAUGAGAGCGUAGAAGACGUAUUUGUACGUGUAACACAACUGAUGUCAAUCCUUGAAACACAAUACUCCGGAGACACUGUCAUCAUUGUAUCUCCGGAUUCAGACAAUUUAACAAUUUUACAGGCUGGCUUACUUGGACUUGAUCUUCGAAGGCACACAGAUCUUUCUUUCAGCCCAGGAGAAGUGAGGUUUAUAGAUGAAAAGAGUAUACCUGUUUACAAGAAACCAUCCUCAAAUAUAUACAAGUGCUAUAAUCCCCCUAAUUGUAGGUUUUGUUUAUCUGUGAGUAUUCUUGGGUUCAUUUAUUCUGCGUUUCAAGCAUUCGAUGUAACCAAACUUUUAGCCACUGGAAAACAUGUGAUCAACCACCAUCUCCGCUAUCAAUUUGAAUUUAUUAUGGAUCAGAUACAGGCAUACCUUCUGAUAUCAGCCUCAUCAGCAGCAGCCUCAAGGGUUGUUAACUGGCAAUCUAAUUGGGGGAAAGACGAAUUUACCGAGAAGAUUAGUGCAUCAGUUAGUAUGGCGUUCUUGUCUUUCUUGUGCUUUGCCAUAAGCUCUUUAAUUUCAGGUUAUAAUUUGUGCAACCGUGAUUUGUCUUGAAUCGCAAAACACAUUUCUGACUCCCUUGUAUCAACUGGUGAUAUUUUUUCCCUUAUAGUUAGCUGUAGAAUUUGUACAGGAAAAAUAUGGAAUAAGGAGUUGAUACAUAAAUUGUGAAUAAGUCUAUAUGACAUUAGUUAUGGCAUUCAAAUUGAGUACGAUUCCAAA